CGGGACGGCCGUUUACAAACCCGGCCGUGACGCGCUGCGUUUUCUCUUUCCAGCCGGCGCCGAGCGAUGGGCAUCUCUCGGGACAACUGGCACAAGCGCCGCAAGACCGGGGGCAAGAGAAAGCCCUACCACAAGAAGCGGAAGUAUGAGCUGGGCCGGCCCGCGGCCAACACGAAGAUUGGCCCCCGCCGCAUACACACAGUCCGCGUGCGGGGAGGCAACAAGAAGUACCGGGCCUUGAGGUUGGACGUGGGGAACUUCUCCUGGGGCUCCGAGUGUUGUACACGCAAAACAAGGAUUAUUGAUGUUGUCUACAAUGCAUCCAACAAUGAAUUGGUCCGCACCAAGACCCUGGUGAAGAACUGCAUCGUGCUCGUUGACAGCACACCGUACCGACAGUGGUACGAGUCCCACUACGCACUGCCCCUGGGCCGCAAGAAGGGGGCCAAGCUGACUCCUGAGGAGGAAGAAAUUUUAAAUAAAAAACGCUCAAAGAAAAUUCAGAAGAAAUACGAUGAAAGGAAAAAGAAUGCUAAAAUCAGCAGUCUUCUGGAGGAACAGUUCCAGCAGGGCAAACUUCUCGCAUGUAUCGCUUCCAGACCAGGCCAGUGUGGCCGAGCAGACGGCUAUGUGCUAGAGGGCAAGGAGCUGGAGUUCUAUCUGAGGAAAAUCAAGGCCCGGAAAGGCAAAUAAGUCCCUCUGGUCCUAGCUCACGUAAUAAAGGGGUUUGUUGUUCUCUGUCCUGUGUUAAUGUCGUCUGAACGUUCGCUCGGCACACUGGAGUCCCCAACUCCCUCUCCCUGAAGGCCAGGCCUGUAGUGUGUUUCUGUAGCAGGGGGAACAUUUCUCACCCUAAGAGCUGGUUUUCAGGCCGAGCAGAGACUGCAUGAAGGAGGUAUCCCAGAAGUGGGGCCCCCAGCAACACUGGGCUGUUGGCUGGACCAUGAUUGGAACCUGAAGCCACACUGCCUCUGUGAAGGUGGCUCUUUUAGAGAUCCUGUACCCUUAUGCAGACCUUGGUUCUAAGGGUUUGGUUCAGUUUUUAGCCUGGGUUCGUGGAUGGUCUGCAAACGUUGGAAUUGGGUUCCUGCAUUGUUGAGAGCAAGUUAAAUACAUGUUUACAUAGCCA